CCCCAAAGAUUCUGCUUUCUUUCUCUUGCAUUUUCUGACGGAAACUUUAUUCGUAUUCAUCGGCAAGGCCAAGCAUGCAGAUGACCCUCCAAUACCCAUAUAUAGCUAGGACCCUAGGACCACCAUUGACUCUCUCUAUGUAUCUCAGCUUUCACGUUGCUACUCAUCAUUUCUCAUUUUUGACCUAUCACUAAUGCUGCCAUUUAUUAAUUUUCUGCAACUUGGACUCUAUAUAAGAAUCUUACAAAUUCUCCAUUAGGACCACAAUAUCACCAGCUCUAAUGGAAAUCAACCAUGCUCUUCGUUUUCACACCAAUAGCUCUCUCCCUUCUAGACUUCUUUCAACUCUGACGCUUGUAAUACUGGUUAAAACCAUAUUCCUUAUUAUAAUCUUGCAAAAAUGGAUUCUACUCAUUUCAUUCUUGGUUCUCAUUUUCAUCUUCAAAGGAUACUUUUUAAAUGCCUCUCCAGUCUAUCUCGUAGACUUCUCAUGUUUCAAACCACCCAACUUCUGCAGAGUCUCCUUCUCUGCGUUUCUUGAACAUGCUUCCAUGAUUGAGUGUUUUGAUAGUGAAAGUGUAGCUUUCAUGUCCAGAAUCCUCACUUCUUCUGGACAAAGUGAAGAGACAUAUCUCCCUCCAGCCUUGCACUCUAUUCCUCCAAUAACCAAUCAAGAAGAAUCUGUUAAAGAAGUGCAAAUGGUUCUCUUUCCUAUUGUUGAAGACCUUCUCUCGAAAACUGGAGUCUCCCCCGGGGACAUCGACAUACUUAUAGUGAAUUGCAGUGGUUUUUGUCCCUCACCUUCCUUAACAUCCGUCAUUAUCAAUAAAUACUCCAUGAGAAACGAUAUUAAAAGUUAUAACCUCUCUGGUAUGGGAUGCAGUGCAGGAGCUAUUGCCAUUGACUUGGCUCAUGGCAUCUUGAAAACUCAUAAGAACUUUUACGCCCUUGUUCUCAGCACUGAAAUUCUAUCGACAGGCUGGUAUUCUGGACACGAGAGGUCCAAGUUGCUCCUUAACUGCCUCUUCAGAAUGGGCAGUGCAGCAAUCUUACUUACAAACAAAAAAGAGGCCAAAAAAUCAUCAAAAUACAAGCUUUUUUGCACCGUUAGAACCCAAAGAGCCUUCGAAGACAAUGCUUAUUUUGCUGCAUUUCGAGAAGAGGAUUCCAACGGAAAACUCGGGGUUACACUAAAAAAGGAUUUACUUCAAGUAGCUGGAGAAACUCUGAAGCCCAACAUAACAAUUCUGGGUUCAAAAAUCCUGUCUCUUUUAGAAAAACUCCGACAUGGCAUUUCAAUAAUCGGAAAGAGGUACAUCGACAAAACCAGAGGGACAUACGUGCCAAAUUUUAAGACUGUAAUACAGCAUUUUUGCCUGCCAACUUCAGGAAGGCCAGUGAUAAAAGAAAUAGUAAAAGGAUUAAAGCUUGGUGACAGAGAAGUGGAGGCUGCUUUGAUGACACUACACAGGUUUGGAAACCAGUCUUCCUCUUCCCUGUGGUAUGAACUGGCGUACAUGGAAGCUAAAGAAAGAGUGAAGAAAGGUGACAAGGUGUGGCAGCUUGGGAUGGGAAGUGGGCCAAAGUGCAACAGUUUGGUUUGGGAGUGUUUACGGCCCAUAACAGGGGAGUCCAAAAAGGGCCCAUGGGCCGACUCCGUCCAUCGUUAUCCAAUUAUGGCCGUUGAUACGCCUAGACGUAGGUAUUUUAACUGAUCAUCUUUUUUCUGGAGAAGGGUCUCUGCCGCUUAUUUAUGAAACGUUCAUUAGCAUGUAUGGAAGGCUGAACGGAAAUUUUUAUAAGAGAAGUUGUUGAAAUUAAAUUUGCUUUUUUUUUUUUGUUA